GCCCAGAUCAACCCCCCUUCGCUACACGCUGCCCCUAUCGAUCCCUUCGUAAAAGAUGCUCUUUCUCCAUUCUACAAGGACAAAAUUUGGUUAGGACGAACUUAGGAAUGCAGGCAAUUUACUGUAGCUCUAACCCUAGUCUGCCUUUCUUGACUGCCUUUCUGGAUAACGGCACUCCCCAAACAUUCUCUCCCAGCCAAACUUCCCUCCUCCUUUUCCACUCCGCCCAGAAGAGCUGCUGCUGCGGUGGCAGCCUGAGAUUCCCCUCGGGAAAACGUCCUGUAAGAAGAGCAGCAGCUGGGAAACAGCUGGACCCAGGAGAAGCCUCAGAGCAUUAGGAUCCCGGGGAGCUGCCUCGCCGGCCCCGCCCCUUGGUCCGCCUUGGUGGUGCUGCCGCUUUCUCUUCUGUCUCUCUCGCCCCUUCUCUCGUCCCUCUCGCCUUCCCUGCCAGCAUUUCCCUCGCUCUUUCAACUCUGAGCUCAGCUCAGUGAGCCACAAGCUGCGACUCAGAGGAGGGGGAAGUGGAGGCAAGCUGCAGAGAGGGUAGUGAUUGCCCUCGGAGAAAACCCUACUCCCUGUGUUGGAAACCGUAAUCAGGAGGCAAGAGUCAGAAGAAACUGCCUAGCAUCAGAAGCGACGGCAACCAAAGGGCAUCUGCCAGGAUCUGCCUCCUCCUAAUACCAGAGCAGAACACAAGGGAUUUGUUGGAUUUCUUGAAAGUGGGGUGGGAGUCCUGUAAGAGACUCCAUUUGGCGAGUUCCUCUAGCUGCUGUGGCUGCUUCUUUCUGUCUUCUCAUCCUCUCUCUGGAAGCAGUUUUAGCGGAGCGGGGUGACUGAAUCCGUGCGGGCUAAGGGGGAAGGGAGAGCAUGACGUAUGGGACAGAAACGAAGCCAAGUCUGUUGGAAGAAGCCUAAGGAAGCGUCCUGGUUCCUGUCUCCCUAACCCUCUUCACCUUUGCAAGGCCAAACGUUGGACCUCUCUGGCAUCCUGGUGAUAGUCUGGAAUGCUUGUAAUGUCCAAGAAAUGAAAGCGCUGUGCACUUCAGUUCUUGUUGUGUGAGUUUGCUCUGACUUCCCUUCCCCCAAUCCCCAGGAAUUCAAUGCUGUAUGGGAUACUCCCAUCCUGACCUGCCUAAGAAAGGAUUGCCAUGCUCAAGGAAGAGAAAAGAAAGAAAAGAAAAAUAGCUACCUUGUUGAGAUUCUUUUUCUCCCAUUUGACUGGUUGACUUCAAGAUGGGCAGAGGAGAGAUACUCAGGUGACUGAAGAGGAAAAAAAAUGUUAGGUUUCACAGGUUGUAAUGCACUGAAAAGAUGACUUUAAUACAAGAAGACAUGGGAAAUGCAUGAUUUAUGUCAUGACAUAUUGAUGACAACAAAGCUUUUUCAGACAGCAGUCAGCAGAGGCUAGAAAACCUGCAGCUUUGCCAACUAAGAAGGACUCGUGAAUUUCUUUUUUUUUCAGGUUUCAGUGCUGUUGGUUUCUCCAAAAAUGGGGGAAAAUAGAUUUCAAAGAAUGAAGGCUAUAAAAUCAGGAAGGACAGAAGCAGUAAUUCCAACCACCAAGUUCACCAUAGAAAAUGCAGUACUUUAUUUGAAUCUGUGAAAAAAAAAUCACAUUAGCAUGUGUGGUGACCUCAUAACUUGUGUAAUAAUGACUUCAAAAUUGUAUUUUGGAACACUUUUAUUAUUUUCUUUCUUUUAAAGUGUGUGCUUUCAGCUGGUGAUAUAAGCUUGUCUUGUACCAUAGAGGAAAUAAUUAAUUCUUUACAUAUAAUGUGGCAAAAGAUUUACUGGCUUUAAGGUUCCUUGAGUUUUAGUGGUAUUAUAACUAUGUCAUGCACAUAUAAAAUCUAAGUUUUCACUUUUCUUGGCCACUUAUUUUGAAUCAGUUACAUACCAGCUGAAUCUCAGUGGAAGAUUUACAUUUUUUUUUUUAUCAAGGCCUUAAAUGUACAUUUUUAUAGUCAGUAGAUGAGUCAAUGUAAUGAGCAAUAUGCUUGACAUGUAUGCCUGAAGGAAAAGAACUGCCUAAUGGAUCAUGGCGCUAAUGUUUACAAGACAUUUCUUAUUUUUGUUAGUGUUAGUAAUGUUUGUUCACUCCAGUUUUGAAGAAUCUAUAAGCAAUUACUCUGAAUGGGCUGGUUUUGCAGAUGAUAUUGAUCAAUAUAAGACACAACAAGUUCAAGAUUUCAGUCACAACCAAAAACUGAAAAAAGGGAGUUUCCAUCCAAGUUUAUAUUUUGACGCUAGAGACAUCCAAGCACUGAGACAAAAGUCUCGCACAAGCCAUUUGCAUCUUUUUAGAGUUAUCAGAAGUGCAGUUACAGUGAUGCUGUCCAACCCAACAUACUACCUACCUCCACCCAAGCAUGCUGAUUUUGCUGCAAAGUGGAAUGAAAUUUAUGGUAAUAAUCUCCCUCCCUUAGCAUUUUAUUGUUUGUUGUGCCCAGAUGACAAAGCUGCCUUUGAAUUUGUCUUAGAAUACAUGGAUAGGAUGGCUGGCUACAAAGACUGGCUAGUUGAGAAUGCUCCGGGGGAUGAGGUGCCACUUGGCCACUCCUUAACAGGUUUUGCCACUGCCUUUGACUUCUUAUACAACUUAAUCGAUAAUCACAGAAGACAAAAGUAUCUGGAUAAGAUAUGGGCUGUCACUGAGGAAAUGUAUGAGUAUUCUAAGGUUCGUGCGUGGGGAAAACAACUUCUCCACAACCACCAAGCCACAAAUAUGCUGGCACUGCUCACUGGUGCCCUGGUGACUGGAGUGGAGAAAGCAUCUCAAGCAAAUAUUUGGAAACAGGUGGUAGUGGAUGUGAUGGAAAAGACCAUGUUUUUGCUUAAUCAUAUUGUGGAUGGCUCUUUGGAUGAAGGUGUAGCUUAUGGAAGCUACACUGCCAAGUCUGUCAUACAGUAUGUUUUCUUGGCCCAGCGUCACUUUAAUAUCAAUAACUUGGAGAACAACUGGUUGAAAAUGCACUUUUGGUUUUAUUUUGCUACCCUCUUGCCAGGUUUUCAGAGAACAGUGGGUAUAGCAGAUUCCAACUAUAACUGGUUUUAUGGGCCAGAGAGCCAACUAGUAUUCCUGGAUAAAUUUGUAUUAAAGAGUGGAGCUGGCAACUGGUUAGCCCAGCAAAUUAGAAAGCACCGGCCUAAGGAUGGUCCAAUGGUUCCUUCUACUGCCCAGCGGUGGAGUACUCUUCACACUGAAUAUAUCUGGUAUGAUUCAGAACUCACUCCACAACCUCCUGCUGACUAUGGCACUGCUAAAUUGCAUAUAUUCCCUAAUUGGGGGGUGGUCACUUAUGGGGCUGGCCUGCCAAACACACAGACCAAUACCUUUCUGUCUUUUAAAUCUGGAAGAUUGGGUGGCCGAGCAGUCUAUGAUAUAGUUCACUUUCAGCCAUAUUCCUGGAUUGAUGGCUGGCGAAGCUUCAACCCAGGUCAUGAACACCCUGACCAAAACUCUUUUACUUUUGCACCAAAUGGACAGGUGUUUGUUUCUGAGGCCCUCUAUGGGCCCAAGCUAAGCCACCUCAAUAAUGUUCUGGUGUUUGCCCCAUCACCUUCAAGCCAGUGCAAUCAGCCUUGGGAGGGCCAACUUGGGGAAUGUGGCCAGUGGCUCAGGUGGACAGGUGAAGAAGUUGGUGAUGCAGCUGGAGAAAUUAUAACAGCCUCCCAGCAACAGGAAAUGAUGUUUGUGAGUGGGGAGGCUGUGACAGCUUAUUCUUCUGCAAUGAAACUGAAAAGUGUGUAUCGUGCUUUGCUUCUCUUAAAUUCCCAAACCUUGCUCGUUGUGGAUCACAUUGAGAAGGAAGAGGACUCUCCAAUUAAUUCCGUCAGUGCCUUUUUUCAUAAUCUGGAUAUUGAUUUUAAAUAUGUCCCAUACAAGUUUAUGAACCAAUAUAAUGGAGCCAUGAUGGAUGUCUGGGAUGCCCAUUAUAAAAUGUUUUGGUUUGAUGAUCAUGGCAAUAGCCCCAUAGCGACCAUACAGGAAGCUGAACAAGCUGCUGAAUUCAAGAAACGGUGGACUCAGUAUGUGAAUGUGACAUUUCGAAUGGAAACUACUAUGAGCAGAAUUGCAUAUAUUUUCCAUGGACCCUAUGUCAAUGUUUCCAACUGUAAAUUUAUUGAUAAUUCUAAGUCUGGAUUUCAGAUUUCACUAAAUGUCAACAACAGUGACCAUGUUGUUUCCAUUGUAACAGAUUACCGUAAUCUGAAGACCCGGUUCAAUUAUCUGGGAUUUGGUGGCUUUGCUAAUGUAGCACAUCGAGACCAAAUUAUCCAUUUUGGUUUAGGCACUGAAACUAGAGAAAAACCAGUAAGAAAUAGUAGUGUUGCUUUUCCCUUUGGUUUUAAAAUCAAUAUGAUAGUAGGGUUGAUUUUGGGUGUGAGUUUGAUGAUUUUAGCUUUUCAGUGGAGAUUUUACCUUUCAUUUAGUAAACUAAUGCGUUGGAUCCUAAUCAUGGUUAUAACAUUGUGGUUCAUUGAAUUGUUGGAUGUGUGGAGUACUUGUACUCAGCCUAUCUGUGCCAAAUGGAGCAGUGACAUGAUGAGCACAGAGGCCAAAACAAGCAAAAGAUCCAAGCACUCUGAAGGACACCCCAUUGCUCUGCCAGAUGUUGUCAUUACCUCACUCCCAAGUUCAGGAGCAGAAAUCCUAAAGCAGCUCUUUUUUAACAGCACUGACUUUCUGUACAUUAGGGUCCCAACAACCUACCUUGAUAUCCCUGAAACUGAAUUUGAAAUAGACUCAUUUGUAGAUGCCUGUGAGUGGAGGGUGUCAGACAUUCAGGGUGGUCAUUUCCGUUUGCUCAGAGGCUGGCUGCAAUCUUUAGUCCAGGACACAAAACUUCAUUUGCAAAACAUUCGUCUUCAUGAACCCAGUAGGAGUAAACUCACUCAAUACUCCACAAUGAACAAAGACAAAAAGAGAAGAUUAAAAAAGAGAGAGUCUUUGCUGGAACAAAAAAGUAAAAUGAAAGGCAGUUUAGACAGAGAUGCUGAAUAUAUUAGAGACCUAAGGAGACACCUUAUCUUUUACCCAAGUGCACGUCCUGUACUCAGUUUAAGCAGUGGAAGCUGGACCUUAAAGCUUCAUUUCUUUCAAGAAGUUAUAGGGUCUUCAAUGAGGGCAUUGUACAUUGUAAGGGACCCUCGGGCAUGGAUCCACUCAAUGUUGUAUAAUAGCAAACCAAGCCUUUAUUCCUUAAAGAAUGUUCCUGAGCACUUAGCUAUGCUCUUUAAGGUACAAAGAGAUAAAGACAAAUGCAACUUGAAUUCAGGCUAUGCUUUUGAAUACGAGUCAUUGAGGAAAGAGAUAUCAGAUCCCAAAUCAAGUCCAGUGUCCUUACUGGCUCAUUUGUGGCUAGCAAACACAGCAGCAGCACUGAGAAUCAAUAAGGAUUUGCUGCCCACCAAUUAUCAGCUGGUCAGGUUUGAAGAUAUUGUGAAUUUCCCUCAGAAGACAACUGAAAAAAUUUUUACCUUUCUUGGCAUUCCUUUAUCUCCUGCUAGUUUAAACCAAAUAUUGUUUGCUACUUCCACAAAUCUUUUUUAUCUUCCAUAUGAAGGGGAAAUAUCACCAACUAACAUUAACAUUUGGAAACAAAACAUGCCUAUUGGAGAAAUUAAGAUGAUUGAAGACAUCUGCUGGACACUAAUGGAUCUUCUAGGAUAUCCAAAGUUUACGGACUGAAUGCUGCAGGUCGGCAGUCAUUUGCACUAUGAUUUCCAACCCAAUUUGUGGAUAAGAAUUAGAAGAGUUUGUUUAUUCUUGUAAAAUGUGUGUGUGUGUGUGUGUGUGUAUGUAUGUUUAGUCUGUUACUUGCACAGAGAGAUUAUUUAAAAAAAAUGACAGACACCAUAUUUGGCCUCACAGGAUUUAUUUUUACUUUAAAACAACUUUUGCUGCCUUUCUGUCAGAAACUUGACAAGCUAAAUUUUGUUUGAUUUGUUUUGAAAGGGUGAUUGGGUUGGGUGUUGGGGAUGAAAGGGAAGAGGGAAAUGAGAAGACUCAAACAGAUUUCUUUAAUUCUAAUAGUUUUCUCUAUCCCUGGGCCUCAGAAACUCCUCUAGUCUUUAGUGUUGCUGCUUUAUCCAAACUUCACUUACUUUCAAGAUGGGCUAGGAAAAAAAAAUAAUCCUCACCUUCUUUCAAAAGGCCCUCUGUUGUGUUUAUCCUACACAAUAGAGCUUAUUUUCCUUUUACUCCCUCUAAAUUGAAUGAAUGGGGAGGUAGUGAAAGCUCCUAACAUGCGAUUGGAUGCUAUUCCCAAGUGUUAUAAAGGUAUAAUCUAAUGGGUUUUGGAUAGAUGGGAAAGUAAAUCACCAGAAAAGUCACUUUAGACUCCUUUAUUUCAGAAAUAGUAAGGAAUACUUAGCUUUUGAACAAUAGAUAUGACAGCUAUGACCUUCUGAUUGUUACUUUUUAGGAUUGUUACAAAUGCCCUUGUUAUUUUCUUUGCCUCCUGAAAGUCACCAACAUUUUGUGCUAUACUAUAUCCUUGCAUCCCUACUUUCAUGGGUCCAAAUGCUUAGUAUUACCUUUUUGAAACAGUCUCUUUCUCUCUUCUGGCCACUUUUGUACAUGAGUCCAAUUUAGAUACAGAAUAAAAUUUUUGUAGACAGACAGACAACCUUAAUAAUUUCUUUGGUCUAUAAUUGUUUUCUUUUUCCCUUUAAUGUCAUAGGGGUACUUUUUACCAAUAUUUCUUUCUAAUGGGAACACCAAGAAUUUCAAUCUUCCCAAUUUGUGCUCAGCAUUCUUUUGAACAUGUGUACAUACUGUAAAUGUCUGCAGAUGUGCAAAUCAAAUUGGAGAUGAUGUCAGAGACAUCUGUUUCCUUUACCAUCUGCAUUUUAUUACAAAUGUAGUCGUCAUGGAAUAUGGCUCAUUUUAUUUUUGUAGGAUUUGAAAUCAGAAUGUUGUGCUAUUAUAAUAUGCUGGUGGAAUAAUUACAGUGUACUGAAUGAAAACCAUUAGGUAAUGUCAAGACGUGAUGAAAUUCUCUGUAUAGAUUGCAGCCCCUUUCCUGAUGUUUAAAUUUGUCGUUUCCCCUAAGCCCUACAACAUUUGUGACCUAGAUAAAAGUGACUCUUUCUCAGUCAUUUGUUAUUAUGUCAAAAUGUGCCUCCAGCGUGAUAAAGCUGUUGAUAUGUUGCAUUCCAGCUCAACUUAACUUGAGUGUUGUUUUUCUUUGAUUAUAGAAAGAGUGAACAGGAGGUGGUUCUCCUUUUCAUUUCUGAAAACUUGUACAACAAAAUGUCAAACUAAAUGAAAAUUAUUUUUAACUAGGUUGGAGUCUCUGAACUGGGCUCGAAUCAAUUUACCCCAAAGUAACAUUUUCUCUAACUCAGUGUUAUGGUUAGGCAUAUGUAAAAUUGUUAAGUAGUUGCCAACAAUAUUUCUACUAUUUGACAGAAUUUGCAAUUUGCUUUCAUUGGCCAGGGCUUGUGAUGAUGAAUCCAAAAGGGGAAAAAAAAUGACAUCUUCUGUUGAAGAUAAGAAUGAAAAGUAAAGGAUGCAGAGGAAAUUAUUUGUCUUAUUGUACCAUAAAUGAACACUUAAUCUUAAAAAGAGUAAAUUCUUAUGUCACUGUAGAGAGAGAAAAGGAGGAAAGGAAUGACAUUAAUAAAAAUAUACUAAAA